GGAAGGUAAUACUAUACCGUCUCAAUCUUCGCUUUCCACACUGUUCUAUCCAACCAAAUCAACCUCUGUUCAAAUCGAUACAAAAUCUGUAUUUUGAUUCGACAAAUUUAUCCAAUUCCUUAAACCUUAACCUUCAUCUUUUCACACAGUCACGUAGUUAAAUUAAGCAGUAAUUUAGAAGCUCUGAAGUAAGAUGACCGAGAAUUCCGACGAGGCCAAGGACAUAGAUAAGCUCUACGAGUACGGGGCACGCCUCAAUGAAGCCAAGGAUAAGACUCAGCAUGUGGAGGAUUACGAGAAUAUAAUAAAGGCGGCAACCAGUACCAGCAUUAAAGCUAGGCAAUUAGCUGCUCAACUGAUCCCCAGGUUCUUCAAGUUUUUCCCAAGUCUUUCGGUCAGUGCUGUAGAUGCCCAUCUUGAUUUAUGUGAAGCUGAAGAACUCGGGGUUUGCGUGCAAGCAAUUCGUGGACUUCCUCUUUUCUGCAAAGAUACACCUGAACAUCUUUCUAAGAUUGUUGAUAUUCUUGCCCAGCUCCUCACUGCUGAGGAGAAUGUUGAGCGCGAUGCAGUACAUAAGGCUCUUUUAUCCUUAUUGAGGCAGGAUGUUAAAGCUUCUUUGACAGCCUUAUUUAAGCACAUUGAGAGUGUUGAUGAGCAGAUGACUGAUGAGAAUCUUCGAGAGAGAACCUUAAGUUUUAUCAGAGACAAGGUAUUCCCUCUUAAAACUGAGUUGCUGAAGCCACCAGAGCUAAUGGAAAGACACAUGACUGAUUUGAUUAAAAAGAGUCUACAAGAUGUGACGGGAGCAGAAUUUAAGAUGUUUAUGGAUUUCUUAAAAAGUUUAAGCAUAUUUGGAGAAAAAGCUCCUCCUGAGCGUGUUCAAGAGCUCAUUGAGAUCAUUGAAGGCCAAGCGGAUCUUGAUGCUCAGUUCGAUGUUUCAGAUGGGGAUCACAUUGCUAGGUUAAUAGCAUGCUUGUUUAUGGCUAUCCCAUUUUUUGAGAGGGGUGCAUCCAAUGGCAAGUUUCUUAAUUACUUGAACAAGCACAUUUUUCCUGUUUUUGACAAGCUUCCUGAAGAAUGGAAAGUUGACCUGCUCAAGGAUCUUGCUGAGAGUUCACCUUACACCACACCUCAGGAUUCAAGACAAAUCCUUCCCUCUGUUGUUCAGCUUUUGAAGAAAUACAUGCCUAUAAGAAAAACAGGAGAAGAGAUGAACUUCACUUAUGUCGAGUGCUUAUUGUAUACAUUCCACCAUUUAGCUUACAAGGCACCCAAUGCCACCAACAGCUUGUGUGGUUACAAGAUUGUGACUGGCCAACCUUCUGAUAGGCUUGGGGAGGACUUCUCAGAGUAUCAUAAAGAAUUCAUAGAACGCUUAAAUUGUGUGGAAGAGCUAGCUAGGGCUACCAUGAAGAAAUUAACUCAAGGAAUGGCUGAUCACAACAAAGCAUUGAUGGCUGCUACUUCUGAGGAAGCAAAGGCCAGCAUAAAGACACAGAAGCAGAAUACCACAACUGGGUUGCGUACUUGUAACAACAUAUUGGCUAUGACACAGCCACUGCAUUCAAAAUCACCAUCAUUUAUUGGUGACAAGAGAAUUGACUUAUCUUGGAAAGAAACUAAGAAACUUUCUCCUUCAUCAAACACUCCUGCAGCCAGAGGUAAACGCCCUGCUGGUACAACGAAUGGCUCUAGCAACAAUGCCGUGAAAAAGGGACGUGGUGAUGGUGGAAUUCAGAACCAGUAUGCUAAUAGGCCAUUUGAAGGUUCAGCAUAUGGGGGUAGAAGUGGAUUAAGAGGCAGGGGCAGGGGCAGAGGCAGGGGCAGGGGCAGGGGCAGGGGUCGAGGUGGAGGUGGACGAGGUAGGGGACGGGGCUAUUACUAGCUACAGUUCUUUCCUUGUGACAUAUUUCUUGCACUUUCUAAUGGUUAUACACUAGUUGACAGAAAAUAAUUAGUUAGUGUGUUUGGAUUGAGAUGAUUUGAGAUAAAAUGAUUUGCUUCACAAAUUUUAA